AUGAGAAAACCGGAUAGUUCUGGGAGGAUUAAUAGUGGUGGCUGCGGGGCCAUUAAUUCGGCGGCGAAGCUUAGAAAAGGGUUGUGGUCACCAGAGGAAGAUGAGAAAUUGAUGAAUUAUAUGGUAAGAAAUGGGCAGGGGUGUUGGAGUGAUGUUGCAAGGAAUGCAGGGCUGCAGCGGUGCGGGAAGAGCUGCCGCCUACGGUGGAUCAACUACUUGCGGCCGGAUCUUAAGCGGGGCGCUUUUUCGCCCCAGGAAGAAGAGCUUAUUAUUCAUCUCCAUUCGCUUCUUGGCAAUAGGUGGUCCCAAAUUGCGGCACGUUUGCCUGGACGUACUGAUAAUGAAAUUAAAAAUUUUUGGAAUUCUACAAUAAAGAAGAGACUCAAGAAUAUUUCAUCAUCUUCAUCAAGAUCACCAAAUACGAGUGAUUCAUCAAUGGAUCAGCCAAGAGAUGGCAUUAAUGGACGGUUGAUAUCAAAUCAAGAACACAACAUGAUGGGGGCGUACAUGCACACAUCAUCAUCUUGUUCAGCUUUAUCGUCAUCAACAUGGCAGUUGCCAAACAUGGCCUUAAAUUCCAUGAAUCUUGAUCCUAUGUUGCCUAUUCUUGAUCAGCAGCCGACAUGCAUUGCCGGGUCCUACUUUGGUGCACAACCAUGUAAUGCACAAGGUGGGAUAUUUGGUGGGAACAUUGACUUUGAAGGGCAGUUUAUGGUUCCUCCAUUUGGGAGUGUAAACAAUGAACAGAGUGGCAAAAUGGGAAAUUUAGUUGAAAAGAGUAAUACUAACGUCAUGAAUAAUAUGAAUAGUAUAAUUAACUAUAAUCAAUUCCAUGAUAAUAAUGGUAACAUAAACAACAAAUUAGCAGAAAAUAAUGUGAGAAUUGAGGGUUUGUGUUGGGAAGGAGAUGAACUGAGAAUGGCUAUGGGAGAAUGGGAUUUAGAGGAGUUGAUGAUGAAAGAUGUUUCCUCUUUUCCUUUUCUCGACUAUCAAGCACAGUAA